UAAUUAUUUGAGAUUAAAAUUAUGUUUGGAUAUAAACUUUGGACAAUAGUAAGAGAAAAGAGUGUUGUGAUAGUGGAACAAUUAGGAAAAUAUAAUAGAACUUUAUAACCUGGUUUGAAUUUCCUUAUUCCAUUAAUUGAUAGAGUAGCAUACAGUUAAUCAUUAAAAGAGGAAAUCUUACCUAUUGAAAAACAAUAAGUCAUUACAAAAGAUAAUGUUGCUAUACAUUUAGAUGGAAUAGCAUUUAUUCGUAUUAUUGAUCCCUUUAAAGCAUCUUAUUAAGUAUAUAAUUUACUUAUUUAAAUAGGUAAGUGAACCAUAAAAUGCUAUUAAAUUGUUAUGUCAAACUAUAUUGAGAUCUGAAAUUGGUAAAUUAAAAUUAGAUCAACUUUUAUAAGAACGUGCUGCAUUAAAUCGUGCAUUAUAAAAUGGUUUAAGUAAAGCAGCAGCAGAAUGGGGUUAUACAAGUUUAGGAGUAGAAAUAUUAUAAAUUGAUAUACCUGAAGAAAUUAGAGUUUCUAUGUAAGCAUAAGUUGUUGCUGAAAGAAAUAAAAGAAGAGAAAUAUUAGAAAGUGAAGGUAAAUAAAUUAGUGAAAUUAAUAUUGCAACAGGUGCAAAAACUGCUGCUAUUAAAAUUGCAGAAGGAGAUGCUGAAGCUGUUAGACUUGUUUCUUAAAAUGAAGCUAAAGCUUUAAAUUAAAUUAGUGAAGCUCUAUAAGAAUAAUCAAAAAAAAGAGUCUUAGAUUAUAUACUAUUAUAACAUUACUUAAAAGGAUACUCUUCAAUAUUAAAAUCAUCUAAAGUUGUUGUUGUUCCUAAAUCUCAAAAUGGAUAAGGAAAUGAUUACAUGAGUCUAGCUGCUAUGAUGAUGUUUAAUAAUUAAAACUCUCCACUUCAAAGAAUUAUUGAAGUCCCUCCAAAAUCAAAUGACAAUAAUAAUAAUAAUUCAACUUCAUAAUCAGAAAUCAGCUAAUUGACUCAAGAAUAAUUAGAUAAUCUAAUUAAGAAAAAUGUCUAUUAUAAUGAUCCAAGGUAUUUAUAUCAAUAUUUCUAGAUUAUACUCAGAUGAUGAAGAUAAAAGAACAAAUUGA